AUGGCCAGCAAUACGAUCAUUUACUUUCGACGGCAAAAGAUAGUAGCAGCGGCAGCCAAAAAGAAGAAUGAUGACGAAGACGACAAAAGGAAGAAAUCUACCGCACCUGCCAUUUCUGCAGAACUACAGGCCCAUCGCUACACGGGGUAUAUUCUUUCUUUUUUCAUAUUUGGACAUGUUUGGGGAGUUCGAGGAGCACCGUACGCUGCCCUGGGAUUGGAAGAAUCCGACAAACUGGACUAUACCUAUGUGUACCUAGCCACACAAGGUUUUGGAUCCUUCUUCCCAAUCUAUCUUAUCGUGUUGGGGUUGGCGGGCCUUUGGCACAUGGUCUACGGUAUUCGAGUGGGACUGGCAACUCUGCUUGGAAGAUCGACAGCUGGAGCUUCGUUGUCCAAAAUGUGGACAGUUCUGACUAUCAUGGUGGGGAUACUUCUCGUCAAUGGGGUAGCAGCCAUUAACGGUUGGCAUCACUACGAGGUAGUCGUCCUUGAGGAACAUGCGAAGGCUCACGAAAUCGUCGACCAGUACGUGCCACCCAUGAUUCUUUUCUUCAACAAAGAUGAUAAAGAAAACUGA